UCAGCUUUAACACACCUUGGCUGGGUCUGGAUAAAAAAGUGUUAGCUGAAAAACUUCUAGAGGAAAACGUCAGGGGAAGAAAGAGAGAGAGGAGGGAUUUAUCCAAAGUUGCUUCUCAUUCCUUCAAAAUCUCAAGCUAGGUGGCUAUGGUAUGGAUGUAACCAAGAAAAACAAACGAGAUGGCACUGAAGUCACUGAAAGAAUUAUCACUGAAACAGUAACUACAAGACUCACUUCUUUACCACCAAAAGGGGGGACCAGCAAUGGCUAUGCGAAGACAGGCUCUCUUGGUGGAGGGAGCCGACUGGAGAAACAGAGCCUGACGCACGGCAGCAGUGGCUACAUAAACUCAAGUGGAAGCUCCAGAGGCAAUGCCUCUACCUCCGGUUAUAGGAGGGUCCAUUCACCUGCCUCGACUCUGCCCAACUCACCAGGCUCAACCUUUGAAAGGAAAACUCACAUCACCCGCAAUGCAACAUACGAAGGGAGCUCCAGUGGAAACUCUUCUCCGGAGUACCCUCGGAAGGAAUUUGCAUCUUCUUCAACCAGAGGACGGAGCCAAACACGAGAGAGCGAAAUUCGAGUUCGACUGCAGAGUGCAUCCCCAUCUUCCCGAUGGACAGAAUUGGAUGAAGUUAAGCGUUUGCUCAAGGGGAGCCGAUCAGCAAGCACGAGCCCCACACGGAACUGCUCCAACACACUCCCCAUCCCCAAAAAGGGCACUGUGGAGACCAAAACGGUGACAGCAAGCUCCCAGUCAGUGUCGGGCACCUACGACGCAACAGUCCUGGAUGCCAACCUUCCCUCUCAUGUAUGGUCCUCCACCUUGCCUGCGGGAUCCUCCAUGGGAACCUAUCACAACAACAUGGCAAGCCAGAGCUCAUCGCUCCUCAACACCAACGCCUAUUCUGCAGGAUCAGUCUUUGGAGUUCCAAAUAACAUGGCGUCCUGCUCUUCCACACUGCACCCCGGACUCAGCAGCUGCUCCUCAGUGUUUGGCAUGCAGAACAAUCUGGCCCCCAGCUCGACCACCCUAUCUCAUGGCACAGUCACUACUUCCACAGCAUACGGUGUGAAGAAGAACAUGCCGCAGAGCCCUGCUGUUGUGAGCACCGGCACGUCCACCUCUGCCGCCUGCACCACAAGUGCCCAGAAUGAUGACCUUUUGCACAAGGACUGUAAGUUCCUGAUCCUGGAGAAAGACAACGUGCCCACCAAGAAGGAGAUGGAGCUGCUGAUCAUGACAAAGGACAGCGGGAAGGUCUUCACUGCCUCCCCGGCGAGCAUCGCUGCAACUUCUUUUUCAGAUGACACCCUAAAAAAAGAAAAGCAAGCCGCCUACACUGCUGACACCCCCUUGAAGUCUGAUGCUAAUGGAGACCCGAAGACAGCGUCUACCAAGGGCAAGGCCACCUAUGCAGAAAUCCACGGCUACGACCACAGUGGUGUCGGCAGUGGUGGUGGUGGCAAAGGCCUGUGGGGGGCAGCGCCAGCCUGGUGUCCCUGUGGCUCCUGCUGCAGCUGGUGGAAGUGGCUGCUGGGCCUGCUGCUCACCUGGCUGCUUCUCCUGGGGCUGCUUUUCGGCCUCAUCGCUCUGGCGGAGGAGGUGAGAAAGCUGAAAGCUCGAGUGGAUGAACUGGAGAAAACCAAGACCAGUAUGAUACAUUUUGAGGACAAGAUGCAGAGGAGCAGCAAGGAACGUCUCCAGGGUGUCGCACCCGGGGUGGGAACAGACCUGGGGAUAGGUGGGCUGGAUGGCCACAGCCAGGAGGCACUCUGGAUGUUCGUGAAGAACAAGCUAAUGACAGAACAAGAAAAUGGAAAUCUCCGAGGAAGCCCUGGCCCUAAAGGUGACAUGGGAAGUCAAGGCCCUAAAGGUGAUCGAGGACUCCCGGGGACUCCAGGUAUCCCUGGGCUCUUGGGCCACCCAGGUCCAGAAGGACCAAAGGGACAAAAAGGCAGCAUGGGAGAGCCUGGCAUGGAGGGACCCAUGGGCCAGAGAGGGCGAGAAGGUCCCCCAGGACUCCGUGGUGACCCAGGGCCUCCUGGGUUUGGCGAGAAAGGAGACAGAGGUGCUGUUGGUGAGCCAGGACCUCAGGGCCCACCUGGUGUCCCAGGUUCUGUGGGUCCCAAAGGUUCCAGUGGUUCUCCUGGCCCACAGGGCCCCCCAGGUUCUAUAGGCCUCCAAGGGCUCCGAGGUGAAGUGGGACUCCCUGGUGUCAAAGGUGACAGAGGACAUAUGGGACCACCAGGACCCAAAGGUGACCAUGGCGAGAAAGGAUCCCGAGGACUCACAGGCGAGCCUGGCUUGAGAGGUUUGCCUGGUGCUGUGGGUGAGCCUGGGGCUAAAGGAGCAAUGGGUCCCACUGGCCUCGAUGGACAACAAGGCCCAAGAGGUGAACAAGGUCUCACAGGGAUGCCUGGAAUUCGUGGCUCACCAGGGCCUUCUGGAGACCCAGGAAAGCCAGGUCUCACAGGACCCCAAGGACCUCAGGGACUUCCUGGUAGCCCCGGCCAACCAGGGCCUAAAGGUGAACCAGGAGCUCCAGGCAGCAUCGUGACUGCAGACGGGUCAUCGACUAUCACUGUCCCAGGCCCCCCAGGACCUCCUGGAGCUAUGGGACCCCCAGGACCUCCAGGUUCCCCAGGUCCUGCCGGCCCUGCUGGGCUUCCAGGACAGCAAGAAGGUCUUGAUUUACGAGGUCCCCCAGGUCCACGUGGGCCACCUGGGCCACCAGGACCUUCCAUUCCAGGCCCUCCAGGACCCCGAGGCCCAGCAGGUGAAGGAUUGCCAGGCCCACCAGGCCCGCCAGGAUCUGUCCUUACCAGCUCAGAAACCUUACUCUCUGGUCCCCCAGGCCCACCUGGCCCCCCAGGCCCCAAGGGAGACCAAGGGCUCCCAGGUCCCCGAGGACACAAAGGCGAGCAAGGCCUCCCAGGCUUCUCAACUUCAGGUUCCAGUUCUCUCGGAUUCAACCUACAGGGACCCCCCGGCCCUCAGGGGCCCAAGGGUGACAAAGGUGAUCCUGGUGUUCCAGGGGCGCCUGGCAUUCCUGGUGGUCUGUCUCGAGGGGGAUCAUCCAGUGCCACAUACAUACCGGGCCCACCAGGCCCGCCGGGGCCUCCUGGGCCACCAGGCUCCAUCAGCAGCUCUGGCCGGGAGAUUCAGCAGUACAUCUCCGAGUAUAUGCAGAGUGACAGUAUUAGGUCUUAUCUCUCUGGAGUUCAGGGUCCCCCGGGCCCACCUGGUCCCCCAGGGCCUGUCAUCACCAUCACAGGCGAGACUUUUGACUACUCGGAGCUGGCGAGCAGUGUUGUGAGCUACUUACAGACCUCAGGGUACAGCAUCGGUACAGCCUCCGCCUCCAUCUCCUCUGAAGACAUCCUGGCUGCGCUACAGCGGGAUGAUGUGCGUCAGUACCUACAGCAGUACCUGAUGGGUCCUCGAGGGCCACCGGGGCCACCGGGAGCCAGUGGAGAUGUGUCCCUCCUGUCUCUGGACUACGCAGAGCUGAGCAGCCGCAUACUCAGCUACAUGUCUAGCUCUGGAAUCAGCAUUGGGCUUCCUGGCCCCCCGGGCCCCCCUGGCUUGCCGGGAACAUCCUAUGAGGAGCUACUCUCCUUGCUCCGAGGGUCUGAAUUUGGAGGCAUUGUUGGACCCCCAGGUCCCCCUGGGCCACCAGGGCUGCCGGGCAACGCGUGGUCCAGCAUCAGCGUGGAGGACCUCUCAUCUUACUUGCAUACGGCCGGCUUGUCAUCCAUCCCAGGCCCUCCAGGCCCUCCUGGUCCCCCAGGUCCUCGAGGGCCCCCAGGCGUCUCAGGAGCUCUGGUGAACUACGCAACUGAAAACAGGGACAGCUUCCGGAGUGAACUGAUUAGCUACCUCACAAGUCCUGAUGUGCGGAGCUUCAUUGUCGGCCCCCCAGGCCCUCCGGGGCCCCAGGGACCACCUGGAGACAACCGUUUCCUGUCAGCGGAAGGCUCCUACAGUGGGGGUAGCAGCUCUUCCUCACGAAGCUCAUCGGUCCAACAAGGAACCUCCCACAGGUCUUCAGCAGGCAUCGGAGGAGCCAGCAGAGGCUCCCUGGGCGAAGGGGGAGCCUUUGGUGUAGGAGACGGAGGCCCCUAUGGCACUGACAUCGGCCUGGGCGGAGGCUAUGGGACAGCAGCAGAAGGUGGAAUGUACGGUGGCAAUGGAGGAUCAUUCGGGGCCGGCUUUGCUGGAGGCCUGGAUUACAAUGAGCUGGCUGUUCGGGUGUCAGAGAGCCUGCAGCGUCAGGGCCUGCUGCAAGGGAUGGCCUACACUGUGCAGGGCCCACCAGGCCGGCCUGGCCCCCAGGGACCCCCUGGAAUCAGCAAGGUCUUCUCUGCCUACAGCAACGUGACUGCGGACCUCAUGGACUUCUUCCGAAUUUAUGGCACCAUUCCAGGACCCCCUGGACAGAAGGGAGAGGUGGGCACCCCAGGACCCAAAGGUGAGAUGGGCCCUGCAGGACCACCAGGACGGCCUGGCCCACCCGGCCCUCGAGGUCACAAGGGGGAAAAAGGAGACAAAGGUGACCAAGUCUAUGUUGGGCGGAGAAGGAGAAGUAUUGCCAGCAAGCCAUGAGCUAGCUUGGCAGAAUAGCCCCCCUGGACCAGUUCUUGCAAUGGCUUAUGGUGCUUCUGUUAAAUUCUCUCUAGAGGGUGAGAGCUGGAGUCUGUCAACUUCCUGCUGGGACAACAUAGCCAAAUAGGCAACUAGCAACACUUUAGUCUGGAACAAUAUAUACAUGUAUAAAUCAGUCAAAGAUAGACAAUCUGAAACAGCUUCACUAGAUGGACUUUAAGAGUAGAUGGAGUGUUUUAGAGCGAGACUGGCUUCUCUGCUAUCUAGAUUUGAGCUCCUCGGGUUUUCUUAAUGCUUGGCUCAAGUCCCGACCUAGGAAAGCCAGGUACAUAAAGCUGGCUCAGGAGUCAUUGCACUUUGUCCAAAAAUAAGCCCAGAAACUGGUAGUGGGGGAGAAGGGUUCCUUCCUUGAGGUGAUACUUGAUAGGGGUGUGUCUGCUUAAUGCUGCAAGGCUGUGCUCGCAGCAUCUUCCUCUCCCUUUCAUGCUGUAUUCUCCAGUCACAGAAAAGAGUUGGCUAAGAAGUCACUCUUGGAAUUGAAAAAGAAAUUCACUUCCCCUGUAGGAGGUGACAGGGUUUCUUAUUAUUUCUCACUACAUGUCGUAUUCCCAUUGGCUUAGAAAGUUUGUUUGUAGCUAUGAUCUGUAUCCAUAGGUCCAUGCUAGAGUUUAUAGAGUUGUUAUACUGAGCUAGACUGCAGCAAAUAGGAAAAGAAGGGCAAUAGGCAAGAGAGACUUGGAAGGAUAGAGGGAAAAUAGAAUGAAUACCUGAUGCCGGGAAGGAAGGCUUCAGCUGGAGAUGUCGCCCUCUGUCUGCAUGUAGGAAACGGCACGGGGGGCUGGGGACAGUUGGUUUUUAAGCACUUUUCAAUGUCUGAAAACAUUUGUAUGUGGUCUUUAAGAUGAAAAGUCAUUUCAAGUGUAAAAUUUCCUAUUAAAGUUUUUUUGUUUUUUAAUAUC